UCUCCUGUUUACCUUCCUCCCCUGCUCGGCCUUCUCAAUGCUGCUGGGAUGGGUGGAGUCUCCAGGAUAUCCCAGUGGAUACCCACCUCAUUCCAGCCUUAACUGGAGUAGGUGUGCUCCAAAAGGCCUCAGUGUCUCAGUUGAGCUCAUCCACCUGGACCUGGAGUACAGCCAAAACUGUGAAAAUGAUGCAGUCAAGGUAUUCUCAAGUGGAAAUCUAAUAUCAAUGCUGUGUGGCCAAAUGGAUUACAAGGAACUUCAGUCCUCAGUAAAUCCCAUGCUGUUCUCCAACCCUGGUGGUUGCCUCAAACUGUUGUUCAACUCUGACUACUCAAAUACCAAGAGGCACACUGGCUUCAAAGGUUUUUAUACCACUAAAGACUAUGACGAGUGCAAUGACCCCACAGUCAAUGAAUGCACCCAAUUCUGUCACAACUUCUUGGGAGGGUACCGCUGCUCCUGUCGCCAUGGCUACCACCUCGCUGAGGACAACCACACUUGCACAGUGAGCUGCACAGAGGAUCUGUCUGGGUUAAACAGAGGGGAAAUAGCCAGUCCCAACUGGCCCGCUCCAUAUGCAGAGGAUGCUAACUGUGAGUACACCCUCUCUGUGGAGGAGAACCUUCAGCUGGAGCUGCACUUCUCUGAGCUUUUCGACGUGGAACAAAGUCCUGACGGUCACUGCACAGAUGCACUGAAGAUUGAGACCUCGUCCGGGACACUGGGGCCGUUCUGUGGCAAUACACCUCCUCCAUCUCCCUUUCUCACUCACUCCAACCACAUCAAAAUCCGUUUCACCUCUGAUGGCUUUGGCAACAACAAAGGCUUUAAUCUUGAGUUCAAGACCAGGGGUACUGCAGCCUCCAUCUCACAAAGAUGGAACAUUUUUGUUGUUUUUGUUAUGACUUUGAAGUGUGACCAUAAAUGUUGUUCAUUGUGUCAUACAGGCAAAGUAUGUGGAUCAGCGGUGACCCCACACUCCACUGUGACUCCUCACAAAACUGAAUACGAGCCUGGGCAGACCGUGACAGUAACCUGUGAUGUCGGCUAUCUCGUGAAUACAAAUGGGAUCCUGGACCUUUCAACACAGUUUGAUACGACCUGUCAGAGCACAGGCACAUGGAGCCCCCUCUACCCCUGUAAAAUUGUGGAUUGCGGUCGUCCAAAUAUCAAAGAUGACAGCGUCCUUCAGCUGGUGGAUUCAGCUGAACCAAAUACGCAGUAUAACAACCAGAUCAAGUUCCACUGCAGUUCAGAGUACUACACCUUGGAAGGAGAUGACACAUACACCUGCAAUGCCAGUGGUGAAUGGGCAUCACUGAGUGGAAAGGCAGAGAUGCCACGAUGCACUGAAGUGUGUGGUAAACCUGCAAAGUACGUGUCGAGUGCAGGAAGAAUUUUGGGAGGCAAGGCUGCAGAACUGGGAGAAAUACCAUGGCAACUUUUAACAAAGGAACCGAAAAGAGGAGGAGCCUCGCUCAUAAAUGAUCGAUGGGCUGUCACCGCAGCUCAUGUUGUGGAUGGGACUGAGAAAACCUUAUUGAAAUUCUUUGGUGGAUUAGUGGACGGAAAACAAUCAGAUAGCUCUGAUGUCAUCAACAUUGAGAGGAUCAUUAUACAUCCAGGCUACAGUAGUGAGGGUGCCAACAGUCAGACUAAUUAUGACAAUGAUAUUGCACUUCUAAAAUUCACCACUAGAGUGCACUUAGGCCCAAACCUGCUUCCUAUUUGUCUCCCAGAGGUAAACAGGGGUGUGGUGGAAAAUGAACAGGGCACUGUGUCAGGCUGGGGGAUGACUGACAAGAAUGACAAAUUGGCACUUCGAUCACGAUUCUUGAAAUAUGCUCAUGUUACUGCAUACUCUUUGGAUGAAUGUCAAAGAACACCCAGCCUGCCAACAAACGAAGCCACAACUUUUACUGAUAACAUGUUCUGUGCUGGAGCAGCAGGGAAGGACAGCUGCAGUGGAGACAGUGGGGGACCUCUUUUUAUGCCAAUGCUGUCUGCCGAUGAAGGGCCUUAUUAUCUGAUUGGCAUCGUGUCCUGGGGAGACCCCUGCAAGUUGAAACCCAAAAGUGACAACACUUAUAAGGGUUACUACACCAAAGUGGAGAAUUAUGUCCUGUAUAAUGAGAAAGUGUUGGAGAAGUUCUGUGGGAAUACAAACUCUGCUGAUGGACAUCACCCUGGCCACCAGCCCAUUUUGUCUCCAGGCAACAGACUCACCCUUAUAUUCCAAACAGAUGACAACAACCCAGAGCGCCACCAGAAUGUGGGCUUCCAGGCUCAGUACCAGGCAAUAGACAUAGAUGAAUGUGCAGUUCUCGAACUUGAAGAUGGCUCAGAACCGCUCUGCCAUCAGAUCUGCCUCAACACACUUGGCUCAUAUCUCUGUGCCUGUCACCACGGCUAUGAGCUCAGCUCAGACCAGCGCACAUGCAAGUUAUCCUGUGGAGGUGGAAUAUUUGAUGAGCCUGAGGGACAUCUAUUCAGUCCAGGCUACCCAAACUCCCCUUCUCAAGCUCUGUCCUGUCAAUAUGUAAUUUCUGUAGAACCCGGCUUUACGGUCUCUCUUAAUUUCUCUGACAACUUUCAGAUUGAGAGUAUGAACACUGCGGACGAUCAAAACUGUCUCUAUCACUGGUUGGAGGUGAUUGUCCCAAACACAAAGCCGAGGAAGCUGUGUGGGGGGGAGAGUCCCGGUCUGAUGGUUACAAACUCAAACAUUGUCAAGCUGAACUAUGAAAUUGAUGAUAGAGGACUCAGCAAAGGCUGGAGCCUGGACUACAGCACACACCGAGUGAAGUGCCCAGUUCCUGGUCGUGUAGCUAACGGCAGAGUCACUCCUUCCUUGACUGAAUAUUUCUAUAGAGACCACAUCUAUGCACGCUGUGACCAAGGAUACAAACUGAUGAUGGACGGUGUGGAGAUCAAGAGUUUCUCUGCCAUGUGCCAAAGUAACGGACAGUGGCACCUCCCUCUGCCAGAGUGCCACAUCAUUGAUUGUGGAGAACCUGAACCUUUGCUGAAUGGAGGACUGACUUUCCUGUCUGGUUCACAGAAUCAGUAUCUCUCUGUUGUACAGUACCACUGUAAUGAACCCUUUUACUCUCUACUUGGUAGAGCAAAUGUUUGUGGUCAGCCAACAAAACACAUUUCUGCCUAUCAGAGGAUUAUUGGGGGCAGUGAAGCUCCGGAACAUACCAUUCCUUGGCAAGUGCUGGUUAGCGUAAAUAGAGGGAGAGGAGGAGGCAUGGUCAUAGAGGACCAGUGGAUUUUGACUGCAGCCCAUGUGGUGGUACAAGGUGGACAACCAGUGUCAAACGUAUCAAUUUUCAUGGGGCAUACAGAUGUUGAAACUAUGAAGAACUCAGCUGUGUAUUCUGCCUCAAUCCAUGUUCACCCUGGAUACAACAACCCUAAAAACUUAGACUUCAAUAAUGACAUUGCCUUGAUCAAACUGCAAAACCCAAUCACCUUCGAUGCGUCUGUAAUGCCGGUAUGUUUGCCAGCAGAGGACGCCACAUAUCUCACAGGCAUGAUGGGAAUGGUGUCAGGAUUUGGUGUCACAGAUGAGGGGAAACGUCAGGUUCAAAGAAAUAAGCUUAAGUAUGUGCAACUUCCAGUGGUGGAACAGGAGACAUGCAGCCAUGCCUUUGCUUUGCUUAAACAAAAAAGCAAUUUACCUGACGUGACAAACAACAUGUUCUGUGCUGGAUUACCUGAAGGAGGGAAGGACUCUUGUCAGGGUGACAGUGGAGGCCCCUUCACCCUGAAUGAAGACGGACGAUUCUGGGCUGCUGGGAUUGUCAGCUGGGGGGAAAAAUGUGGAAGGAAGGGAACAUAUGGAGUCUAUACCAAAGUUGCUAACUAUAUGUCUGGACAUGAU